AUGGAGCACUACAGCAUCAACAGCGGACGAACGAACAGUCUUCACUGGGAGGACUAUGUUGUGUUUGGAUGUACACUUGCUAUCCCAGCCGUUAUCGGACUCUACCAUGCGAUCAAGGACUGGAAGAAAAACAGCCCAACAGAGUUUCUGGUUGGGAACCGUCAAAUGGGAACUAUUCCUGUAGCUUUGUCAGUGACGGUGUCCUUCUUGUCAGCGUUGACGUUGCUUGGGAUGCCCGCCGAAGUCUACAAUUACAACACGAUGUUCUGGUGGCUUGCUCUCGGUAUGAUUGUAGCUGUAGGUGGAGCGGCACAUCUAUUUCUGCCCUGCCUGUACAAACUUGGGGUAACCAGUGUCUAUGAGGGUGGUAUGAAGACAGUUUUAUGGACGGACAGUCUGCAGACAGUCAUCAUUAUUACUGGACUCAUUUCUCUGCUGGUUCAGGGAUCCCUGGCUGUAGGGGGAUUCACAAAGGCCUGGGAAAUCGCGAAAGAGAGGGGGCGCCUACUGUUCUUUGAGUGA